GUCAAGCCCCCGCGGCUUCGCCCUUGAUACUUUUAUCGUUGUCUUGCACUUCAACCAGACAGUUGGCCACCGCCCUUGCGACGUCCCAUCAGCUCCUUCAGCUGUGUCCUCGACCUGUGCAAUAAAUGACCUCCCUCCGUCCUACCUUGCCCUUGCACCUCCCUGGCCCUCACCACCGUCCUUGCGCACGAUAACAUCCUCAGUCUCUUUGGCGCGGGGAGAUCAACACCAGGGCCGUGUUGCCUACCUUACCACAAUUCUCGCCCCCAGGAACCCCCACCAUUGACCUAGAGCCAAAUACAAGUCUACUUACUUGACAAUCUUUGGUGCAAAGACAGCGCACCACGAGGCAGAAAAAAAGAACAUCUGGACUAUUGUACCACUCCAAAAUCAAAGAUGGAAUCACCCUCCCAUCGGAGUAUGAACCCUCUCCAACAAUUCUAUGGUGGCCGCAAGGUGAUGCGAUGGGUUGUCUUUGUGGCCGUGUCCGCGAUUGCCACACUGUACCUGACGGGCCAGAGUUAUGCUCCUGGGUCUUUGUCGAGAGGCUCCCACGGAUAUGCCAAAUACUUGACACCUCAGGAACUCAUGGAACGGCCUAUUUCCAAAGACCUUCAGACAAUCCCCAAGGUCUUCCACCAGAGUUGGUCGUCGACUGAGCUGCCAGCGAAAUUCGCUCGCUGGAGCGACACCUGCCGCAAACAACACCCCGACUGGGAAUGGGUAUUGUGGACUGACGAGGACAACGAGGAGCUGGUCAAAAGGCAUUUUCCAUGGCUGUUGAAGACAUACAAGGCCAUGCCUGGCAUGAUCUAUCGGGCGGAUUUGGUUCGCAACCUGUAUAUGUACAUGUAUGGCGGGGUUUAUGCUGAUCUGGACGUCGAAUGUAUCCGUCCAAUUGACCAAAUGUUUGGCACUUACAAUGUGUCGACCGUGUCACACGCAAAGCCGCGACCACUGUCGACCCAUGAUCUACAAAAGAAUGGCCGAAAGGCCUUCUUUGGGCGCAUGGGCACAGACAAUGGAUUCGACAACUCGAUUCCCAACGCAUGGAUGGCUUCCACCCCGGGUCAUCCCUUCUUCCUAGUCCUCGCCGAGUCGGUUAUGAGAGAUCAUAACGACGAAACCAAGGCGGGCCAGUCAGUCGAGGCCACCACAGGUCCAGCCAAGCUGUUCUACAUGAUUGAAGAAUAUAAUGAAAAGGAGGGCAAGUAUGAGGGUGAUAAAAUCGACAAGGCCGUAGCCAAGAACCCGACCUCAAAACAAUUCACCCCCAAGAAAGGCCUGGGUCAUUCCAUCGAAGUCCUGCCCUUCCACAACAUCUACCCUUAUUCAUGGCAGCGAGAUGGCGAGGCCUACCGCUCCGUCUGCUGGGCCGCUCGCAAGACCUUCAACGCUGAGCGCUGCAAGUUACUGCUGGCCACUGAUCACUGGCCCAGCUACACCAUCACCUACUGGAGCCAUUCCUGGACUGGCAACGGCCAUGACUCGAACAAUUUGGAGCGUCUGAUGGAGGAGGAAGAUGAGAAAGAGGAAAAGGUUGAGGAAGAAUCGUGAGUAACACAGUCACUCGACCACGAUUGGUCCCGACCUUCUUUAAAGAGUUUCAACGAACGACACCAUCACGGCCCGCUCAAAUGACAUCGACUACCGUGGGGAGGUGUGGAGUUUGUUGUCACUCUAUAUAUGUCGUCACGAGACGAUUUCCGACCCGGAUAGACGUCUCUGGGCGGGAACACUGAACCGCUUCAACAGACAAACUUCUGGAUAUUCGAUCAGUACAUGUCCGCGGCCCCCCUCUCCCCCAGAGAUCCAUUGAAAAUCGAGGCGGAAAUGGAGGUUUCGCAACCAUGUACACUUUCUGAACGGACACGAACCAACGGCAACGGCGCAAGGCAAGGCAAGGCAAGGCAAGGAACCGGGAACAGGAUUCCCCUCCCCAAGAUUCUAUAAACACACUUUUUUCCCUUCCGCUCUUCAAAGUCAUGUCAUGUCAUGAAUUAAUGGACACGUGUCAUAUGACGACGGCGGCUUCGAUGAUUAUGGUGAUGGUGGCGGUGGUGACGAGAGUAGAGAAGCGAGCUGGAGCAGGAAGAGGGGCUGGUCGAUCAAUGAAGACUACGCCCCGACUACUUUUGGAAAUGGUAUGUAUACUUACUAUAGAGCAAGAAAGGACAGCAAUUUGUUCCGGAUCUAAACUGGACUCGUUCGAAAUAUUAUUGGAUAGAUG